AUGGCCGACAUGGUGGCCUCCACCCAGCAGAGCUUUAACAUCCAGGAUCAGUUCACCAUAGCGCUGAGCCUGCUGAAAGGGUGCCCGAGCUCGCAGGUCACCAAGACUGGAGACAUCUUGAAGGCUUUGGUCGAAGACGUGCGGCCCAACCUCCUCAAGGAGCUCCUGGCCAUGGACCACGUCUCCCUGGGGCCUGGAAAAGUGCGACUCAGUUCUGCCCAGAAGCUGCUGUCGGGACUUCCCCAGGAGGACCAAGCGAUGGUGGCGGAUAUCCUUCCAUCCAAAGUCGUGAAGGAGAUCACUGUGAAGGUGCUCGAGGAUGCUGCUGCGGACGAUGCCAGCGACAUGAAGGGCCACGCAGGAGGCUACUUCGAUCCGAAUAUCGACAUAAGCAAAAGAUGCAGAAAGUCCUUGAUGACGAGGCUCAUCAAGAAGCUCAACUCCCAAGAGAUCAAGGUGCUCUUUGAUGAGCUGGGCAAGCGGACGAAGACAGCCAUCCUGAUUGACAUCUUCGACUACCAAGACCCAAAAGACCUUGAACUCUGCGCCGAGAUGAUCUUUGUGGAGCCCAGCGUCAAGGCCUUUGUGAAAGGCCUUUGUGAUGAAGCCAAUGAGCAGUUCUUGGUUCAGACCGCGCACCGUGCUGGCCAGGAUAAGGCGUUGGCACUUGUGGCGCCCGACAAGGUUCAAAAGGAGGCCCCUCGAGCAGUUCAGAGGCACAACGAAAUGGUGCAAACCGCAUUCUCCUGCGUCUCUGAGGAGCUGAUACUCACAAGAAAGGAGCAGAUCGAAGAGGCUUUUGACCCCACGGGAUCCUGGAUGGUUACCCAGUGGCAGACAGAUUCGUCUCCCGUCGAGCAGGACAAGGAGAAGCAUACGGAAGCCACGGAGCAAGCCCUCGAAGCUGCGCGCCAGGCGGAACAGGAGAUGGAUGCCUUCGAGGCCGCAACACGCGCCGAGCAGGAGGCUGCUGCUGCCAUAGCUGCGGCCAUGGCCGAGAAGCAAGAGGCCUUGGAGAAAGCGGAGGAAUCCGCAGCUGCCGCAGAGUCUGCAAGGGCGGAGGUGCAGAAGCGGGAGGAAGAGAUGCGUCUCUUCAAGGAGCAGAUGGAGAAAGAGCUCCAGGAGGCGGCCGCGAGGGCACGUGCCGAAGCGCAGGCUGCUCACACUGGUCCAGAGGGUGGCCAAGACGAGGAGCUCUUGGCCCAGGCUGUUGCUCGAGCCCAAGCGGAGGCUGCAGCUGCAGCCGAGGCCGCCAUGAAGGAGAAAGAGGCCGCUCUUCUCGAAGCCCAGCGAAAGGCGGAGGAAGAGGCUGCGGCGGCAAUCGCCCGAGAGCAGGCAGCAGCCGAAGCUGCGGCUGAGAUCAAGGCUAGAGAGGCGGAAGCACAGGCUGCCCGAGAACGUGCAGAGCAACAGGCGAGCCUCCAACGCAAGGCCAGCACCGUGGCCGCCGAAGAGGCUGCCAGGGCAAUGGCUCAGGCUCAGGCCGUUGCCUCCGCGGCGCAGAAGGAGCGGGAAGCCGUGGAGAAGGCCAAGGCCGCAUGGGAGGCUCGGCAAGCCGAAGAGGCCGAGGCUUUAAAGGCUGCGGAGCAAGCAAGAGACGAAGCUCUUGCCGCUGCAGCCUGCGCUCAGGUCGCCUUCGAAACAGCUGCGGGGGCGGUGACGGACGUCGCGUCCUCGCACAUGACGGAGGAAGAGCGACAGGCCUUGCAGGAGAAGGCGGAGAAGGAGCGCCAGGCCAAGGAACAGGCAGAGCAAGCCGUCCAGAAGGCGGCGGAGGCGUUGAAGGCCGCCAAGCAGCGGGCUGAUGAGGCCGAGCAUCAAAGCCGCGAAGCCGCCAUCUCCGCUCAGUUCAAGGCCUUGGGCAAACUGUCACGGGUCCAAGCCGCCUAUGCCACCUUGGAGGAAAGGCUGCGCAUCCAGGAGGAGGCGACAGAGCAGGCCUUGAAGCGCGAGCACGAAGCAGCGGAGCGGGAGGAAAAGCUUGCAUACCUCGUUGCGGCGAAAGCUCUGGCGAAGGAGGUGUUUCAUCACCACCGCGCAGCGCAGACCCUUCUUGCCAUUGAGCAGGGGGACUCCCCGGAGAAGUGGAGGAUGGCCCUCGAUGUGCUGAACGACGGUCCCGAUCAACUCAGGUCGGACGUCCGCCUUGAGGUGGCCAAGUUGGCCACGCAAUGGCUUGCCCAAUUCAGGUUGCAGGAGGGAGAGGAGUCAUUGCAGGAAUCUGUUGGGGACAAGACCCUUGCGGCCAUGAAGGACUUCGUGGAUGGCUCGGUGAACUUCCUGGCCGUUGCCAGGUCCGUGCAGACGACGCCACAGACAUGGAACGGAGCUGGAGACGCAGCAAAUGAAGCCGUGAAGCAGUCCCUUGGAGAGCUCGCCUCCCUGGGCGGCAAUGUGGGUCUCAUGGCUCAGGAUGCCAACUACCAGCUUCAGGUCGUCGAGAAUGCCCUGCAGGCGGCAAAGCAGCAAGCUGCCCAUGCUCCUCAACCGGUACACCACACGGUCGUUACGCCGUCGAUGACGGCGCAGGCUACUGGAGAGGCAGAAGAGACCGCCCAGCUGCAGCAGCCGUACCGCCAGCAGCCGCAGGCGCAUCAGGAGCAGCCGCAUCAGGAGCAGCAACCAGGCCAGCAGCUGCAACAUGAGCAGCAGCAGCAGCUGCUGCAGCAGCAACAGCAGGAGGUUGCAGCACUACUUUUGGGCGGAGUGGCGCCUGAGACCGUGCAGGUGCACGUGCUGCAGGAUCCUGAGAGGCCCAUGGCCUUGGUCACUGCAGGGACAGCGAGCGAAGGGCUGCUUUCGAUGUCGAUGGAUCCGCUGGAACGGCGAAAUGCCAUCCUGGCUGCUGCGAAAGCAAUCGAGGCCGGCAUCACGCCGUCAACAUCGUCUGCCUCCUUGGCCAACCCACCAGCUUUUGCCAGCACCAGCUGCCCUCCUUCUCAAGCCAACAUGUUCGCCUCGUCCAGCGAGCAGUCCUUGCAGGCGGGGAUCAGCCAAGAGCUGCCUUCUGCGCCAUCGAAGGUGCCGACGGAAUCGAUGCCACCCCUGGCCGAGCUGGGCCUAGAUGCCGGCCAGGUGCCGCCGCAAGUUCUCGAGGCCGGCGGCGCCGGCAUCACGCAGGCAACGUCGUCCGCCUCCGUGGCCACCCCGCCAGCGUUGGGCAACACCAGCAGCCCUCCUUCUCAAGCCAACAUGCCCGCCUCGUCCAGUGAGCAGUCCUUGCAGGCGGCGGGAUUAAGCCAAGAGCCGCCUCCUGCUCCUGCACCAUCGGCGAAGGCACCGCAGGUGCCUUCGGUCUUGGUCACUGCGUCGGAAGACUCGCCGCGUGAUCCUGCGAAGCCACUAUCGCCACGUUCAGGAGCUCAGGCUGAAGGCCUUCAGAAGCCGGCGCGGCGUCGAAAGUCGUCUCUGGAGGACCUUAUCGGCUCAACACAAGACAACCGGCUCGGCGUCGUGGAGAAGCCUCGCCGCCUAUCCCGCUCCAGAGAGCCUCUGAAGAAGACAACCAAGAAGUCCACCUCGCGACGGCUACUGCACGUGAAAUCCUCGGGGGGUCGCUCUGGGGAGGCCGUUACUGCAGAGCUGGACGAUGUCGGCGAAGACCUGGAGCUCGAGUCAAAGAUGUUGGCCAAGCACAUGGCGGUGUCCAUCGGCAAGGCAGCCGGCAUUGGCAACCAAAGCCCACAUGAUGCUGCUCUCACAGCAGCGGCCUCCAUCCACCAGGCAAUGCUGGAGAAGGGCGUGACAGCAGAGGAGGCUGUUGAGUUUGCCUCUUUUUGCUCCGGCCUGGCGGCUUCCGAGGCGGCCCAGAUGCAAAGCGCAACGCCGGAAAACGCUGCUUCCAUCGCUGCGGCUGAAGCUCAAGCAGCAGCUCUGGCCGCAGGCUGCCCGAGCGACUUGGCACUCCAGUGUGGCGCGCUGGCCGUGGGUGCGGUGGUCGCCAAGCUGGCAGCGCAGAGAGGCUGGAAUCCCAGCGACGCGGCAACAAUGGCAGGACAGUUCCUGAGGAGAUUUGUGGACUCACACAGCGUUGCCCACGACCAUUAUGUUGCCAUGACAGCGAUGGCGACGCAUGAGGCUGCGGAGGCCGUCGCCCUGGCGAACGGCUUCGCGCCCCGACGCGCUGCGGAGAUCGGCGCCGAGGAGGCUGCGAGGAUCACGGCCCAGAUUCUCCACUCCAAGCUUCGGAGCUUCGCCGACGACGCGGUGCGAAACCUGAGCGCAGGCACCGACUCGUCGAGCCUCUCCGGCACAUCGGUGGCGAAAGUGAUGUCGGCGUCGGGUGGUUUCUCUGCGAUUCAAAGUCCUCAAGGCGCCAAUGGCGCAGCUGCUCAGCAAUCUCCUAGGCCUCCAUCGAUGGAGUUCGGCAGGAGGCCCUUGCCAGUCAGCGCACGCCGAGCAGAGGGCGACGGCAUGUCGUCUCAAGGCCUUCCACCCGUGACGCCCCGAGAGGCCGCGCAGCAGCAGCAGCUCUCACAACCACAGCCAUCACGCCCGAAGCCGCGGAUGUCCAUCGCUGACUUAACUCUUCCAGCGUUGCAAGCCCGCCGGCCCUCCCAGGCGCCAACUGCGGCUGAGUCGAACGUGUCAGCAAAUGAGAAGUACCCGGAGACCUCGCGGAUCUUGAACUACGCCCAAAAUCCAAGGCCGCACGAUCAUUCGAGAUCUUCGCGGAGCGCCUCACCGGGCAUGGACCGGCAACACACCGAGCCAGGCCCAGGCGUCGAGCACAAGCCAUCUACACGCCUGCAGGAGUUUCGCAGGCCAUCUAUGCUCUCCAUGCAGUCCUUCGAAGUGCCCCUGCCUUCCCGUGACUUUCCGGCGGCCCCGGCCCCGACGCUCGGCAACCGCCCAAGGUUGCAAGGUUGGCAGCGCAUGCCGAAGCAGGAGGAGGCCAGUCCUGAGCGCGGGCGCCGCAACUCCGCAAUAAGAUCACCUCACUAUGACGCGACCUCCAGCCCUGAGCGUCGGACGGAUCAUCGCAGCGAGCCGGUCAGCCCGCGCGAGGAGGAGGACGACUCGGAGUCUCAGAACCUCAGCCCGAGGCCCGUGGAGGAGCUUCUGCGGCCGAAGCCUCCAAGCAGCUUCCAGGCGCUGCCGCCGCAGGAUCAGCGGCCGACUGCGCGAGAGAGGCCCACGCCGCGGCUGCGAGGGCCCGAAAGAGCCGAGAAGGUUAUCCGCGAUGCUGGAAGAGCUCAGACAUUCCUGCAGGAGAUGCAGCGGGCCCAGAAGCAGAGGGAGGGCGCCUUGGUGAAGCCUCCAAAGCGCGACGAACGAAGCAGGCCCGCAAACAUUGCGGCAGAGCUUCGUGUCGCCGCAAUUCGUUCCAGUCAGCCACAGGACGUGAGCCCGGGGAAGUCGCGAAGGAGAGGCUCGCUUCUGAUGAACCUAGAGAAGAAAGCGGACCCCUUCGCCCCGGACGUCGACGCACUCUACGUUGGCACCGGGGCUCCCCGCCCACAGCAGUCACCCUCCAUGUCGGAGGUGUCUUCGCGGAUGGCAUCCAAGGCGGUUGCUUCACCUACUCGAGUGCGAACUGAAGCCACAGAUGACGCCGAGACGCAAAUGCGCACUUCACGCCAUGAGGCGCGCCUGCCAUCGAGAGGCCCUGAAGCGAUAGAGAAUCUGCAGGAUGUUCUCUCGGUUUCCGUCAUGAGCACGGACAGCAAGGGCUUCGCAAAGCCUUUCAAGCCGGCCAAGGAGAGUGAAGCUCCAGCAAAUGUUCCUGGUCUCGAAGCCGAUACACUUGAGCCUUUGCCAAGGAAGGCGGAGAGUCGAAAUCCUCGCUCAGCGGAGAGGGAGCGUCCACCAGACACGCCAGGCAGCGAGGCGGAGGUCUUGGUGAAGAGGGUUCGAAUGAGCCUGGACAGGAAGUUUGGCAGCGUCGACGCUGCCUUCAUGAACAUGUCGGCGCGCAUGAGUCGACUGUCGGCAAGGAAUGGCGCAGAAGGUGGCCAGACAGCCGAAGAGAAGGAAGACAGGGCCCUCAUGGACCUGCGCCAGUGCAUGGUCGAGUCUGGGGUCGCCUUCAAGGAUGCCACGCUGUUUUUGCAGGCCAUGCGAUCUGGCCUUGGAGGCGCGCCGCCGUCCAUGCAAGAUGUGGCCACCUCGCUGGUGCCGGGCCAUCUCCUCCAGGACGCGAUCGACCAGGCGAAGAAGAAGACCGCUUUCUCAUUAAGUGGUCGUGAUGAUCCCAACAUCAACCUCGACAGUAUCCGUGGCAUCUCCAACCUGGACGCGAGGAGCAUCCUCGAGCGUCCAGGGGCACCCGUGGUACUGCCCGCAGCGCCGCCAGCAGGCGCCAGCGCGCGGAGCCGCUCGGGCAGCCAGUCCCCCGGCAAGCGCUCCGAGCGCUCGGAGCGCAGCCACUCCAGGUCCCCAUCCAAGUCGAAGGUGCCGACGGCUUCGCAGGCCUGA